AUGGGGCCACUCAAUAUACGGGAUGAUUUCCUUCGGGGACCCCCAAAAGACGCGACUGUUCACAAUAUCGACUUCACAAAGACAUCCCCGCCAAUCACCGCAUUCAAGGACAACUUCGCCGCCAUAGUCGACAAUUUCAUGACCGAGGCAGAAUGCAAAGAACUCCUCCAAAUCGCAGAAAAAUCCAUCACUCCCACAACAACUAGCACAGACGCAGACGGACCCCACUCACCAACUCCAGCUUGGGAACGCGCAAUGAUCAACGCAGGCGGCGGCCGACAAAUCAUGUCAGUCGACAGCCGCAAAAGCGGACGAAUCAUCCUCGACUCAGUCGAUAUCUCGCAGCGGAUGAUGGACCGCCUGCUUCCAUUUCUGCGCGAUUUCGGCAUCGCGCGAGUGCAGAAUCAGCCAUUGGUUACUGGACUUGGUCCCGCGCGCCGAGGCGACGUGUAUCUAAAACCACGACUUAAUGAACGCUUGCGCUUCCUACGCUAUGAGGGGGGUGAUUAUUUUCGACCUCAUUGGGAUGGAUGCUACGUGACUCCCGACGAGUCGGAGAGGUCCUUGUUUACGAUCCAGCUUUAUUUGAGUGGAGAAGGCGAGCAGGAUAUGGAAGAGUUGCGGCCGUAUUUGGAGCUUGCUGAGAAGGAGAAUGCUCUUAUUAUAGGGGUUGACCCGGACGAAGAGGAAUUGAGGAAAGUAGCAGCUCAAAAGGAGGAGCUUUCUAGUGAGACAGUGGGAGGGGGAUCGGAGACUCUGUUAGGUGGUGCUACUUCGUUUAUGCAUGGGUUUAUGGUUAAGGAUUCUGUCCGCGUGUUUCCUAAGACAGGCCGUAUACUCAUCUUCCAGCAGAGGAAUCUGAUGCAUGGUGGGGAUGAUGUCUUCCGUGGGGUUAAGUACACGGUUCGGUCGGAUGUGAUGUAUUCAAUGUUAGAGAAAUAG